AUGGCACCCCACCAGACACCACAGGAACCCAUUGCCAUCGUCGGCAGUGGAUGUCGAUUCCCAGGCGAAAGCAGCUCACCAUCAAAGCUCUGGGAACUGCUGAAAGCCCCUCGCGAUGUGCAGACCGAAAUCCCUCCUACCCGAUUUAAUCCUCAUGCUUUCUAUCAUCCCGACAACCUGCACCAUGGCACCAGCAAUGUUCGCCAUUCCUACCUGCUUACCGAGGAUCAUCGCCACUUCGAUGCUCAGUUCUUUGGUAUCAAGCCCGCGGAGGCUCACUGUAUCGACCCGCAGCAGCGCCUGCUCAUGGAGACCGUCUAUGAAUCUCUAGAAUCAGCCGGUUUGCGAUUGGAAGAUCUGCGUGGCUCCGAGACAGCUGUCUAUGUGGGACUGAUGUGCGGCGAUUAUGCCGAUAUCGUGGUGCGCGAUCCAGAGUCCUUCCCCAUGUAUCUGUCCACCGGAACCGCCCGGAGUAUCAUGUCCAACCGUGUUUCCUACUUCUUCGAUUGGCAUGGUCCCUCGAUGACUAUCGACACCGCGUGCUCUUCCAGUCUGGUGGCUGUUCACGAGGCGGUGCAGACCCUUCGUGCUGGCCGUUCUCGUGUGGCUGUGGCGGCUGGAUCAAAUUUGUGUCUGGGUCCCGAGCCCUAUAUCGCCGAAAGUAAGCUGCAGAUGCUGUCGCCCACCGGUCGCAGUCGCAUGUGGGAUAGCCAAGCAGACGGAUACGCUCGUGGUGAUGGUGUUGCAGCGGUAGUCCUCAAGACCUUGAGCGCUGCCUUGGCCGAUGGCGACCACAUCGAAUGUUUGGUCCGCGAGACGGGCGUGAACCAAGACGGACGCACCCGAGGUAUCACCAUGCCUAGCUCUGAGGCCCAAACUCGCCUGAUUCAAGACACCUACGCCCGCGCGGGCCUCGACCCCCUGAAGCCGGAGGAGCGUUGCCAAUAUUUCGAAGCCCAUGAAGGAACCGGUACCCCGACUGGAGAUCCUCUGGAGGCUGCUGCCAUCCGAGAGGCUUUCUUUCCUGGCGAUAACAACCAGGAUCGUGGAAGUCUCUUCGUUGGCUCCAUUAAAACCGUAGUCGGUCAUACAGAAGGAACGGCUGGGUUGGCGGGUGUCCUCAAGGCUUCGCUGGCUCUGCGCAACGGCACAAUCCCUCCCAAUCUGCUGUUCAACCAACUCAACCCAAAAAUCCAACCAUUCUACACGAAUUUGGAGAUCGCUACUGCCGCCAAACCGUGGCCUGUGCUCCCCGCCGGCGUUCCUCGUCGUGCCAGUAUCAACAGCUUUGGCUUUGGAGGUACUAACGCCCAUGCGAUCAUCGAGGCCUAUGAGCCUGCAAUCACUGCUCCCUCUAAAUCGAACGAGACCGACAUUGCAUUCACACCAUUUGUCUUCUCCGCAGCGUCUGAGAAUGCUCUCCGACGCAUGUUGGAGUCCUACGCCCAGUACCUGAGCAAGACCCCCACCAUCAAGGCCCGCGAUUUGGGCUGGACCUUACAAGCUCGCCGUUCACGAUUCCCCUUCUCGACCGUCAUCUCAGGCGCAACGACCGAUCGACUCCGGUCCAACCUUCAGACGCGAUUGAAUGGCACUGAUGCCAAGCAACAACUGACGAUCGUGCAGCAAGGGUCGCGACCAGAGAAUCCUUGUAUUCUGGGCGUCUUCACGGGCCAAGGAGCACAAUGGGCAACCAUGGGUCGGGCCUUGUACCAGUCGCCUCAGGUGCGCCAGAUCAUCCAGGAGUUGGACGCCUCUCUGCAGGCGCUCCCUGUUGGCGACCGGCCUGGCUGGACUUUGGCCUCCGAGCUCACAGCCGACGCAUCCGUAUCUCGCAUCAAGACGGCGGAAAUCUCGCAACCCAUGUGCACGGCGGUACAAGUGGUCUUGGUUCAGCUGCUGCAAAGCGCCGGUGUUGUCUUUGAUGCUGUUGUUGGACACUCGUCGGGCGAAAUCGCUGCUGCGUAUACUGCGGGAUUCCUGUCUGCCACGGACGCGAUUCGCAUUGCUUACUACCGUGGAUUGUGCGCACAGCUGGCUCAGGGUCCUCGGGGCCAGAAGGGUGCAAUGAUGGCCGUGGGUACAGGAAUGGAGGAUGCACAGGAGCUCUGCGCUGAGCCAGAGUUCCGCGGUCGCAUGUCUGUCGCGGCUGUCAACUCGUCGGCCAGUGUCACUCUUUCUGGUGAUGCUGACGCCAUCGAGCAAGCCAAGGAGAUUCUCGAUGAAGAGAAGAAGUUCGCUCGUGUGUUGGUGGUCGACAAGGCCUACCAUUCUCACCACAUGCAGGCUUGCUCGGAACGUUACCUCUCCUGUCUGGACAAGGCACGCGUCGUUGUCUCAGCGCCGACUGACACCAAAUGCGUCUGGUAUUCUAGCGUCCGCGAGGGUCCAGUCACAGAGGCUGACUUGGCGGAUCUCACGGGUCCCUACUGGAAUGACAACAUGGUCAACCCUGUCCUGUUUGCACAGGCCGUCGAGUCAGCCCUCACUGCCCGAGGCCCAUUCAACAUGGCCGUGGAAGUUGGUCCCCAUCCAGCUCUCCGGGGUCCGGCACAGCAGACAAUUCAGGACCUCCUUGACACUUCCUUGCCGUACACCCCCACUUUGCAACGUGGUAUGAAUGAUGUGGAGGCAAUGGCAGAGUGUCUGGGCUUGCUGUGGCAGGGACUUGCCCCCGGAUCCGUGGAUCUCUCGAGUUACGACGCAUUUCUGUCACAGGGGGCUGUCUCUCGUGUCAUCAAAGAUCUUCCUGGAUAUGGCUGGGAUCAUGACCGUGUGUUUUGGUACGAAUCACGCGUGUCUCGCGCGACUCGUCAACGGACCGCAGCCAGCCAUCCAAUUCUCGGAACCCGCUGUCCCGAUGGCGUUGAACAGGAAUUCCGCUGGCGCAACUUCCUCAGCCUGAAGGAACUACCCUGGCUGACGGGCCAUCGCAUUCAAGGCCAGAUCAUCUUCCCCGGUGCUGGGUAUAUCUCAGCAGCCGUGGAUGCUGCUCGCGCCAUGUCCCGCAAUGAGUCAAUUCAGUUGGUGGAGCUGCAGGAGCUACUGAUUCGCCAGGCUAUUGUCUUCGAGGAUGAAAAUGCCUCGGUGGAAACCCUAGUCUCCAUCACCGACGUGACGCACCACUCCAAGGACAUGGUCCGUGCCCAGUUUUCUUUCUACUCCGCCGUGGGUAAGGAGUCGACGCAGAUGACCUUGAACGCAUCGGGUCGCCUUGUCAUCACUUAUGGUCCGGCCAGGAAGGAUGCACUUCCAAUGCAGCGUCCUUCUCUCGUGGAUAUGGUCGAUGUGCCUAGUGAGCGAUUCUACAACUCAUUGGAUCCCUUGGGGUACAGCUAUACCGGGCGUUUCCGAGCUUUGAAGUCGAUGCAGCGUAAGCUGGGUAUUGCUACUGGUCUAGUGACGCGACAGGAGGCGGCCGACUUGGCGACUGUUACGCUGGAUCCCGCGAUGCUGGAUGCUGCCAUCCAGGCUGUGUUACUCGCAAAGAGCUUCCCCGGUGAUGGUGAACUUUGGUGCUCGCAAGUGCCUAAGGUGAUUCAUCGCAUUGCGGUCAACCUUACCCUAUGCGCUCCGUCUGGCAACGGGGAAGAGUCUACCUUUCCUUUAGACGCAGUCCUCACCAUGAUGAAGGCGUCCGACACUCAAGGUGAUGUUGAUGUUUACUCUGCUGACGGACAGUACACUAUGACCCGUAUGGAGGGUAUCCAUGCGGUUCCCUUGGAAGCCGCCAAUGCAGACCGGGAUCGACCCUUCUUUAGCGGUGUUGUCUGGGGACCAGCCGCCCCGGAUUCGCAGACAGUCAACUUCGACGCUACUGCUACGCCCGAGGAGUAUGAAUUGGCCUAUGUUCUCGAGCGGGUGUCGGCGUUUUACCUGCGGAAAAUUCAUCUCGCCUUCCCCAUGGAUCAUUCUGCGCGGCAUGAAGGGUCUUAUGUGGGGCUGCUCAACUAUGCAACUCAUGUAACCCAGCAGGUGGCCAGUGGUCAUCAUCGGUACACCCAACCCCACUGGGCCCGGGAUACAGCGGCCCUUAUCAAGUCUGAAAGCCAGCGGUUUCCCAACAACGUUGACUUAGCAGUCAUGCACAUCAUUGGCGAACAUAUGGUCGAAGUGAUCAGCACUCGAGCCACCAUCCUCGAAUACCUGACCAAGGAUAAUCUGCUCAGUCGGUACUACGAGCAAGCAAUGGGUAUUGGCCAUUUCAGUGACUACCUUGCCAGUGUGGUUGAGCAAAUUGUUCAUCGGUACCCACACAUGAAGGUUCUGGAGAUUGGUGCUGGUACUGGUAUGGCCACCAAGAAGGUGAUCCAACGGGUCGGACACAGUUUCGGCAGUUAUACCUUUACCGACAUUUCGAGUGGCUUCUUCGAGAAUGCCCGUGAGAUUUUCGCCAGCCAUCAGGACCAAAUGGUGUACAAGGUCCUGGAUGCGGAAAAGGACCCUGUGGCUCAAGGGUUCGGGGAGCAGUCAUACGAUCUCAUUAUCGCCUCUUUCGUGCUUCAUGCUACCAGCCACCUAGAGACGACUCUGCGCAACCUCCGUCGUCUUCUGAAGCCUGGUGGCUAUGUGGUAAUGCUUGAGGUCACCAACCUGGAGCAAAGUCGCCUUGGUUACAUUUUCGGUUCCCUGCCUGGCUGGUGGUUGGGUGCCAAUGAUGGCCGUGUUCUGUCUCCCUGCGUUCCUACCGAAGAAUGGGAUCGGCUGCUCAAGCUGACGGGCUUUUCUGGCGUUGAUACUGUCACCUCUGACGCUGAUGCCCUUCCCUAUCCUGCUUCUGCGAUUGUUUCACAAGCUGUCGAUGAAACGGUCGACUUCCUUCGCAACCCCCUUGCCACCUCUAGCGAUCUUGUGAAUCGUGCCACCCCGGUUGUACUUAUCGGUGGUACCUCCAGCUCCGUACGCGUGCUUCGAGAUCUCGUGAAACAACACCUCGACACCCGGUUCGAUCAGGUACAUGCUGUUGAUCGCUUUUCCGACUUGGUGGCAAUAUCGCCUGCCCUAUCCAACGGCCCUCUUACGCUGAACUUGUCGGACUUGGACGAACCAGUGUUCCAGAACAUAACAGCAGAUUCCCUUGCUGCAUUGAAGCUGCUAUACGAGCGCUCGAACUACGUUCUUUGGGUUACUGAAGACGCGCGUGCUGGCAACCCGCAUCAGAAUCAGAGUUUGGGCUUUGGUCGUUCAAUGAUGGUUGAGAUGCCCCAUGUGCAAUCUCAGUUUUUGGAUCUCGACCGAAUCACGGAGACAUCUAGUGUUGCCUCCAGGAUUGUGGAUGCCGCUCUGCGCUUCGUUGGUGUGAAUAUGCCGGAUCGUGGUGGAGAAGUUGCAAGUGCCGGUCUCCUGUGGUCUACAGAGCCCGAAAUUGCAGUUGUCCGUGGACAGGAACUAUUGCCCCGAAUCAAACUUAACCGGUCUCAAAAUCUGCGAUACAAUGCGUCCCGUCGUGCAAUUGCUGAAGAUGUUGACAUGGACCAGAAGUCUGUCCAGCUCGUGCGUAACGGGAACACAUACGCGUUGGAGCAGGGGUCUACGUCUGGAUUCGGGAAACAGACACCAGGAUACACCAGGAUCCGUGUCGAGGUAUCCUCUCUCAGGACGCUGCGCCUUCGGAGGGGAAAUGACUUGUAUCUUGUCGCUGGUACCGUGCUGGCGACAGGAGAGAAGGUUAUUGGCUUCGCCGAUAAGAAUAGCUCAAUUGUGGACAUUCCUCCCAGUUGGAUGAUGCAUCGUCCAGAUACAUCCCCGACUGCUCUUAUCUUGUCCAUCCUCUGUCGCCUGGUCAGUCGCGCUAUUCUCUCCUCCAUUGCUCCAGGCGGAGUCUUGGUGGUGGCAGAGCCGGAUGAUUUGCUUGCACCCGUCUUGGAAUGGCAGGCGUCCCAGCAAAAGAUCCGGGUUGUAUUUGCCACGACUCGGGAAGAUGCACCCCAGCGUCCGAACUGGGUUGUCCUCCAUUCUCAGGUCCAUGUUCGUUCCUUGCCCAAGCUUGCGCCCACCGAACCAGUUACCAUCCUGGACCUCUCAACAGGCGAGGAACCCAGUGCGCUGGCUCUCAAGUUGCGCGCCUCGUUACAUCCAGCCUCGGCCUUUGAACGACUGACUUCCUGGUUCAGUGAUCAUGCCCAGCACGGCGAGGUUCACAUUCCAGCCGAAGCAAUGUUGACCAUGUCUAGACCUCCUAUGAGCCCCCCGGCUUCCGACAGGGUCAUCGCAAGCCACUCUUUCCCUGUCACGGAUGUUUCUCAGAUCUCCGCAGCGCGAUUUCCGUUGACCGCAGUGGACUGGCAGUCGACCUCGCACAUUCCUGCCUUGAUUCGACCUGUUGAUCACUACCCUAUGCUGAAGGCUAACAGGACAUACUGGCUAGUCGGACUCACGGGAUCUUUAGGAUUGUCUCUCUGUGCAUGGAUGAUCCAGCAAGGAGCGCGGAAUGUGGUUUUGACUAGUCGAAACCCGAAGAUUGACCCGAUUAUUCUUCAAGAACUGAGAUCAUCUGGUGCACGCGUGGAGAUCUACGCCGGUGACGUGACAAACCGGGAGAGUCUACGUGGUGUAUACGAUCGCAUCUGCCAGACUCUCCCUCCUGUAGCGGGUGUAGCCCAAGGCGCUAUGGUCCUCAUAGACACGAUGAUCAAGGACAUGGAGAUUGACGCCAUGCAGAGAGUUCUGCAGCCUAAGGUUGUGGGCAGUAUCAACCUGGAUGAACUCUUCUCGGCUGAGCGCCCUCUCGACUUCUUCAUCUUUUUCUCCUCCGCGACCUGUGUCACUGGAAAUAUCGGGCAAUCGAACUACGCUGCAGCGAACAUGUUCAUGACCGGUUUGGCGGCCAACCGUAAACGCCGUGGCCUGGCGGGAUCGGUCAUGAACAUCGGUGCCAUUAUGGGUGUCGGAUACGUCACCCGUGAGACCAGCGAAGCCCUCCAGCGCAAUCUGCUGAAGAGUGGCCACGUUUGGAUGUCCGAACAAGACUUCCAUACCAUCUUUGCCGAGGCCAUCUUGGCAGGUACACCUGGCUCCGACGUAAAUGUCGAGAUCACCUGUGGUUUGAGAAUCACCAACGCUUCCGAGGAACAGCGGCCUCUCUGGUCUUUUAACCCGCGCUUCCAGCAUCUAGUCGUCAUGGAAGACCGGGUGGAAGAGACAGAUGGACAGGACAAGAAGGGAAUGUCUCUCAAAUUACAGCUGCGCGAGGCUCGUACGGCAGACGAGAUCUACGAGGCCGUGAAAGAAUGUUUCAUUGCCAAAUUGCAGAUCAUGCUCGGACUGGACGAUGCAGCGACCAACUCGAUCACAUCCAAGGCAGCUGAUGAGUUGGGAAUUGACUCGUUGAACACCGUCGACAUUCGUUCCUGGUUUCUCAAGGAGAUGAAGGUCGACAUCCCCGUCCUGCGCAUUCUGGGUGGUGCUACCAUUGGAGAGCUCAUUAAGUUUGCCUUGGAGAAGCUGCCAUCCGAAAUGACUCCCAGUCUGGGUUUGGCUCCUACUGCUGGCGCUGCUUCAAAGGCUGCAUCUCAACCCAAACCCAAGCCCAAGCAGAACACCUCAAAGUCGGUUUCGCCCGCACGCUCGGCGGAUGCAUCCUCCUCACAGACUAGCGAGGCGACCAGCCCUUCAGUUCACAUGGAGGAAGUGCCGAAGCCUCUCAAAUCUCUUGCUCCUCUUCCCAAGGCUGAUGUCGUCAGCACGACUGCUCUCUCGGUCCGCAAGGAACCACUCUCUUUCGGACAGUCCCGCUUCUGGUUUUUGAAGCUCUACCUGGAAGACCAGACUACCUUCAACAUCACCUGUCUCAUGCGGAUGACGGGACCUUUAUCUGUCGAUUCUCUGUCUCGCGCUGUCACUGCCGUCGGACAGCGUCAUGAAGCCCUCAGAACAUGUUUUACCGUCGAAGACGGACAGUCUCCUGUGCAGACAAUUCUUCCCGAGUCAACGCUCAGGUUGGAGCGCCAGGAGUACCGGAUCAUGGCCGAUGUCAAUGCAGCGACGAAGAAGUUGACCCAGCAUGUGUACGACCUCGAAUCUGGCAAGCUCAUGCGAGUCAUUUUGCUCUCCUCCGCGUCUGACAGCUCCGUCCACUAUGUUCUCAUUGGUUACCAUCACAUCAACAUGGACGGAGUCAGCCUGGAAGUCUUCCUUGCCGACCUCGAAAAAGCCUAUCGGGGUCAAGCCCUCAGCUCUGACCUUCUGCAGUACCCUGACUAUGCCGCCAAACAACGCCAGGAACGCAACCAAGGGGCGUGGCAAGAGGACCUGACCUUCUGGAAAAAUGAGAUAACUGACAGCAAUCUGGAGUUUCCCCUUCUGCCUCUGGCCUCUGUUGCCAUUCGCAAACCUCUUACUCGGUACAGUCAUCACCGCGUCGAGCAGCGCUUGGAUGCUGGGCUUGGUGCUCAGGUCCGCCAGCUGUGUCAGUCUAUCAAGACGACUCCUUCGCACUUCUACCUCGCUACGUUUACCGCUCUGCUCGCCCGCCUCGCUCAGACCCGUGAGGUCUGGGUGGGCAUGGCGGACGCGAACCGCAUCCAGGCCGAAACUGCUGACAGUAUCGGCAACUAUCUGAACCUUCUGGCUCUUCGCAUGCAAUACGAUCCCGAGCAACCGUUCGCAGCCAGUGUGCAGGCGGCACGCAAGACGUUCUACGGAGCACUUGCGCAUUCGCGCGUUCCCUUUGAUGUUGUGCUCUCUGAGCUGCAGGUGCCUCGGUCGUCCACCCACAGUCCGCUAUUCCAGGUCUUCAUGGACUACCGUCAGGAUGUCCGAGAGAAACGCAUGUUUGGGGACUGCCAGUUUGAGGGUGUCGAAUAUGAGAUGGGUCGGACCGCAUAUGACAUUGCUCUCGAUGUGGUGGAUACCGCAGACGAUGGGCCUCUGAUCAUCAUGGGCCUGCAAGAGUCGCUCUACAGUCCUGAUGCCGCCCAGACGCUGCUCAAUAGCUUCUUGGCUAUGGUCCGUGCAUUUGCCCAAGACUCCAAGCAACCUGGAGGUCAUGUCUCCUUGUUCGGCGCGUCGGAUAUUGAAAAGGCCCUGGCUUUAGGCAAUGGUUCUCUUGUCCCGUCUCAGUGGCCGGCGACGCUUUCCCACCGCAUUGAUGAGAUGGCGAAGCAAUAUCCUGAGAAGCUGGCAUUGAAUGACGGCGAUAAGCUGCGACUUACGUUCCAGGAGAUGAGCCAGCGAGCUGACUCGAUCGCGUCUGCUUUGCUGAGUGCCAAUGUCAGCCGCCAGCAGCGCGUGGCCGUCUUCCAACACCCAUCCAGUGACUGGAUUUGUUCAAUGCUGGCUAUUCUCCGGGUUGGUGCAACAUAUGUUCCUCUUGACCUGCGCCUGGAGCUGGCUCGGCUGCGUUCGAUUGUCCAGGACUGCGAGCCGACUGUUCUCCUAGUCGAUAGCCACACCCAAUCCCAGGUAUCGGAUUUCAUGCGUACUCGUCCCGCACUGACCAUCAAUAUUGGAGACCUGCCACGCGUGGCUCCCUUCCCAGUCAUGAACCGUGCUGCGGCCGAAGACGAGGCGGUCAUUCUAUACACCAGUGGCUCCACAGGAAAUCCUAAGGGCAUUCCGCUGACCCAUGAGAACCUUCGGGUCAAUAUUGAAGGCAACCAGGCCGAGUUCCAAUUUGGCCCGAAUGACUCUCUUUUGCAGCAGAUUGCCUUCAGCUUUGACUUUUCCGUCUGGCAGAUCUUUAUGGCACUAGCCAACGGUGCCUCUCUUUUCAUCGCUCCUGCCACCCACCGCGGAGACCCCGUCGCUCUCAUGGAUCUUGUCGUUCGCGAGGGCAUCACCAUCACUGGCGCGACCCCUUCUGAGUAUCGCAGCUGGUUCCAACAUGGCGAUCUGGCCCGCCUCAAGACAUCGCAGUGGACAACCGCCGUGAGUGCCGGAGAGGCCAUGACCACCAACAUGAUUCGUGAUUUCCAAGAACUUAACAAAUCUGAUUUGAGACUUGUGAACGGAUACGGACCCACCGAAGCCAGCAUGUCGUCGAACAAGCUUGUUGUGCCUUAUCUUACCAACAAGGAUCAUCCUGAGGAGUGGAUGGAGAAGGGAGCUGUAGUAGCAGGCUACACGGCUCCUAAUUACUCCAUCUACAUUGUCGAUGAAGCCAUGAACCUUCUUUCAGUUGGCCUCCCAGGUCAGAUCCUGAUCGGUGGCCCGGGUAUUGCAUCGGGUUACCUCAACAACAAAGAGCUCUCCCGCACCAGAUUCAUCGAUGAUAAGUAUGCUAGUCCUGAGCAGCGAGCCUCCGGAUGGCGAUGGGCGCACCUGACAGGUGACCGAGGACGUCUUGGUGCUGAUGGACGCCUGCGUGUCGAAGGCCGCAUUGAGGGUGAUACUCAGGUCAAGCUGCGCGGUUACCGCAUUGACCUGCAGGACGUUGAAGCCGCCAUCUCGAACGCGUCACCCGGUGUUUUCAAGGACCUGGUCGUCUCGCUCCAUCAAGCGACUCAAGCUCUCGUCGCACAUGUUGUGUUCAGCCAAGAUUACCCGGACCACAAACGCUCUCAGGCGCUCGAGAUCAAGUCUCUCGAGCUCCCGCGGUACAUGUGGCCUGCUCGAGUGGUUUCAAUCGAUCAGAUGCCCGUCACCGUUCAUGGAAAGCUCGACCGCAAGGUCCUACAGACCAUGGACCUCCCCCCCAUCGAGCCAAUCAAGCAGACUUCGACUGCCCAUCUCACCGAGACACAGGCUCAAUUAGUCAAGCUGUGGGAGGAGGUCAUCUCGAAGGACAUUCUGGCCGCUCAUCACAUUGUUGCUGAGUCUGACUUCUUCGCUGUUGGCGGUACCUCGAUGCUUCUGGUGGAACUACAGCGACACAUCAAGAGCCAGUUCAAGAAGGAGAUAGCACUUCCAGAGUUGUUCUCGGCGAACACGGUGCAGAAGAUGGCUCUUCUUAUCCAGCCGCCAGAAGAGGCUGCCACCACUCCCGCUGCUGCCGUGGACGUCGCUCCGCCCUCCUCUCCAACUCCUUCAACCCCGACUACGAUUGACUGGAACGAGGAAAUUCAACUCCCCUGUACCCUUCGCGAGCAGAUCAGCAGCGGCACGCCAGUGCCCGUGCCCGUGAAGAGCUCUGGUCUACGCAUCGUUCUAACCGGUGCCACGGGCUUCAUCGGCCGGGCUCUCCUGCAACAGCUGACUGCCAACCCCGCCAUCAGCACCAUCCACUGCAUCGCCGUGCGCAACCCAUCCGCCAUUCCUGCCCACGACAAGAUCCUCGUUCACGCCGGCGACUUGACUCACGCCUCCCUGGGUCUCGCCCCGGGCGAAGCGCAAGCCAUCUUCCGGGAAGCCGACGCCGUCAUCCACAACGGCGCGGACGUCAGCUUCAUGAAGUCGUACCACUCCCUCCGGCGCACCAACGUCGAAUCCACCAUCGCUCUGAUCCAGAACUCCCUCUCCCGCCACAUCCCCUUCCACUACAUCUCGUCCAGCGGGAUCGCCAACCUCGCCGGCACCACCACCUUCGCCGAGGUGUCGACCGCCAGCUUCACCCCACCACCCGACGCAACCCAGGGCUAUCUCGCCACCAAAUGGGCGUCCGAGCGGCUGCUGGAGGAGGCGCACCGCCGGUUCGCUCUACCCGUCUACAUCCACCGGCCCUCCAGCGUGACGGGGAGUAACGCUCCGCCCCUGGAUCUGAUGGACAAUCUCAUGGCCUACGCGCGUCGUCUCAACGCCGUGCCCAUGCCCGAGCGCUCGUCCUGGAAGGGAUACCUGGAUUUCGUCCCCGUGGAGCAAGUGGUGCGUGACGUCGCGGGAGACGUCCUCUCCGCUGCCGGAACGAUCCCCUCGGCGCGGGCCACCAAGGUGCACUACAUCCAUCACCUUGGCCGUCAGGUCUCUUUGGCUGGCGUGCAGACGUAUCUCGAACGGGAGACCGGUGCCGUGUACCGUGCGCUGAAGAUGGGCGAGUGGUUGGACGAAGCUACACAGGUGGGAAUGGACCCGUUGCUACGCACAUAUCUGGAGAGUAUGGAUAAGGAGGAUGUCAAGGUCGUGUUUCCCCGAUUGGUGGCUAGGAAGAGGCCCGCACCAGUGACUGCGGGUGUGACGAAGGGAGUGAAACCUGGGGAAUCCUGGUUGGAAAAGGGCAAGACGCUGUUGUUUUCUUGGUGAUUUGUUGGUUCUCCCAUCUUCUUGCUCUUUGUACCUUACCUUGUUUAGUUGGAAUAAUGUACUUAUAUAAUCAUUCGUCUGGUCUUGUCUUGUCUAUAUCCUAUCAUGUC